CCCCCUUUUUCAAAUCCACACAUUCAAAAUGACUGGCGGAAAGUCUGGUGGCAAGGCUAGCGGCAGCAAGAACGCUCAGUCCCGUUCCUCCAAGGCCGGUCUGGCCUUCCCCGUUGGUCGUGUCCACCGUCUGCUCCGCAAGGGCAACUACGCUCAGCGUGUCGGUGCCGGUGCUCCCGUCUACCUCGCUGCCGUCCUUGAGUACCUCGCUGCCGAGAUUCUCGAGUUGGCUGGUAACGCCGCCCGUGACAACAAGAAGACCCGUAUCAUUCCUCGUCACCUCCAGCUCGCCAUCCGUAACGAUGAGGAGCUGAACAAGCUUCUGGGUCACGUCACCAUUGCCCAGGGUGGUGUCCUCCCCAACAUUCACCAGAACCUUCUCCCCAAGAAGACCCCCAAGGCCAAGGCCGGUGGUAGCCAGGAGCUGUAG